AUGAAUGAGUCUGUUUUAUAUCGUUUAAAAAAUCUAAACGAUCACAAUAUAAUAUCAGUGUGCAAAAAUCAAUUCACCAUUGGGCGUGCUACAACUAAUGAUUUAGCGAUGGCAAACAAUAGAUACAUGUCAUCGUGCCAUUGCAUAAUUGAAUUUAGUAAUGGACAUGUUUAUAUUCGUGACACAAGUUCAAACGGUACUUUAAUUAAUCGAUCAAAAAAAAUUAAUAAAAAUGAUACGCCUAUGGAACUUCAUACCGGUGAUAUUGUUCACCUUGUGUUUCGAAAAGACGAACCUGAAUCAAAUGCCAUUUUUCAAUUGGAUUUACCUAUUAUUAUUGAAUCAAAGACUAAAACUGAAAAAACUUUGAAACGAAAACUUUCUGAUACUCUAUCGAUUUCGGCGAAUGAGACAAAAGAAAAUGUUGAUCUAUCAAAUUUAAUGAAUAAAAGUUCCGAUGUUGAAAUGAAACCAACUAAUUCAAAUGAUCUAAUUACUAUGAAAGCUGGCGAUGAUAUGGAAGAUAUACUUACAUGUGUUUGUUGUCAAGAUAUUAUGACAAAUCCGAUUUGUCUCGAACCUUGUUUACAUGCAUUUUGUAGUGAUUGUUAUGCUUCAUGGGAACCUGUUCAACGUACUUGUCCAAAAUGUCGUGUAAAGGUGACUGAUAAAAAGAAGAAUGUAGUUAUUAAUGGUAUUUUAGAAGCAUUUCUUAAAGCAUAUCCAAACAAACGCCCAACACUAAAUCCUAUUGGUAGUGCAAAAAAUGCAAUGAAAACGACAACUAGCACAAAGAUUGAAGUUAAUCAAAAUACAGCGAGUCGUAACGAUGAUCAAUCUAAUGAUGAAAUGGAUGAUGAAUCUGUGGAUAAUGAUAUUUUUCUUGUACCGGCCACACCAAUUUCUAAUGUUCAAUUCACAUGUCGUCAAUGUCCAACACCGCGUGUCUUCGGCCGUACAUCGAAUAUGAAUACUGUUUUGAAUGGGUUUCAAUGUCGUCCUAAUCAACGUCACAUUCUUUGUCAAUGCUGUACGAAGCCAAUGCCUGAUAGACAAGAUGAGCCCAAUAUUCAUCAAAGUUGUGAAAUCUGUCAGCAACAUUUUUGUAACAUUUAUUUUCAAAAAUGUCAACGAGCAGAGUGUCUCGGCUGUUUAAAUCAUUUAAAAGAUUUUAAUUUCAAUCGUCAACAUCUGACUAAUAUUAUUAAUAAUAAUCCUAUUGAAACAUUAAUUAUUCAAAAUUAUCUGAAAGCUCAUCGUGGAAGUAGCCAUGAUUUACUUGUUGAAUGUUGUCAACGUCUUGAUCGAAAAGAGUUUACUUGUACUGGUAUUGAUCGAAACAUGGCUGUUCCAUCAACAAAAGUUGUUUGCUAUAAAUGCGGUUUGAAUAUUUUCAGAGAACUAGCGUAUCAAUUUCGUGUCGCAAUGAAGCCGACUGACAUAUUACCAAUGACGUUGCGUAAUCGUGAGGAUUGUUUCUAUGGUAAACAUUGUCGCACGCAAUACACGAAACCAGCUCAUGCACAAAAGUUUAAUCAUGCCUGUGAACAAACUAAACAUUAA